AUGGAACAAGAAAUAACCAAAAAACUUACUGCUAAAUGGAAUGUACCCAAGGAAAUUUUAGAGGAAAUAUGGGAACCACAACCAAAGACUAUAGAAAAGCUAGAUGACUUAACAGUCAACCAGUGGUUGAAUAAGUGGGAAAUUUUUGGAAAACAAGAAAUACUUAAACACAAAGAUAAAUGGGAGAACCCUAGGCCAAUAACUUUGGAAGAAAUGAUUAAGAAAUCAUGGGAUACAGAAGAGAGGAAACCAACAGAAAUUAAUGGAAACAGUGGAAAAAUUACAAAUACCUCAAGAAAAAUUUAG